CAGCCUGCGGGGACGGCUUUAUAAAGAGCUAAAUUUACCAAAUUUACGUUGUUUCCUGAGCUCUCACAAUUGGCCACUCACACUGGGCUUAGAGAGUUAUAAAGUAAGGGGGACCUCCUACCACUUUUAAACCUGUUCAUGCAUCUGAAGCGCAGCUGAGGAGAGAGAGAGAGAGGAGACUGUGGAAAAAGGCGCACGGACUCUGGUGCGGCUGCAACUUUGACAAGAGAUAGUUCUUAUUAUUUCACUAAAAACGAUGGCCUUAUCCGGAGUGAUGCUACCGUCAUUUUCAACAUUUGCGACAUUUUCAAACCAAAGAGAAAAAAACUGCGAAAAUAGGUGGAAAGGAGAGUUGGACAGAAUCGUCUCCACAAACUGUUCCAUGCUUGAGAUGGUACACAGCCUGGAGAAUCACAGCAAAAAGGACGACGAGGAUCUGAGUAAUUAUUUGGAUCUGGAUUUUAUUCUCUCCAACACGACUGGUUCCGAGGCUCCGGCGGAUUACUUUGGCACGACCGACCCCAGCAUGUACACAAGUGGAAACUCAGUGCCAUCCUACAGCGUGUCAGACGACCACCGCUCCCCGCCGCCCCCGUACGGCGCAAGCCUCAUGACGGAACUGCUGCGCUCCGACGACACCAGCACCUAUGGCAUUACGCGCAGCAGCGGCCCCAACGUGCAGGGGAGGUUUUUUGUCAACCAGGUGCAUUUCCCCCGGCCGGAAAACAUCAAAGUGGAGCCACCCAUGGACAGCUACGGCCCCGUUAUGGGCAUGGUGCCUCAGAGCUGCAGCAAAAUCAAACAAGAAGGCAACGUGUCAGCGUGCAUGAUGUCCUUCGAGCAGCCGAGGGUGGCCAUCUCUCCGCGGGCAGCCAGCAGCAUGACGCCCCCGCUGAGCCCGGGCGACCAGGGAGCCGCGGAGUUGUGCCAGCCCAUGAACUUCCAGCAGAAAUAUCACUCGCAGGCGGGUUUCCAGCACCACCCUCAGGCCCCGCAGAUGCAGAUGCCCUACCACGCUCAGCACCCUGGUUUCGUCAUGUACGACAAGGGUCUGAGCCUGCAGCCCGGCGCGCAGAGGGUGAUGCUGACGCCGCCGUCGUCUCCGCUGGAGCUGCUGGAGUCCAAGCCCAAGAGAGGCCGCCGCACCUGGCCGCGCAAGCGCACUGCCACGCACACCUGCACCUUCGCAGGCUGCGGGAAGACCUACACCAAGAGCUCACACCUGAAGGCACAUCUCCGAACUCACACUGGUGAGAAGCCAUACCACUGCAGCUGGGAAGGUUGUGGAUGGAAGUUCGCCCGCUCCGAUGAGCUGACCCGUCAUUUCCGUAAACACACCGGGCACAGGCCGUUCCAGUGCCACCUGUGCGAGCGCGCCUUCUCCAGGUCUGACCAUUUGGCACUUCACAUGAAGAGGCAUAUGUGAAGAAAGAAGCCUACUUGAAGACUUUGGGGGGGUUCACAAGGGGGAUUGUAUUAUUUUUGUUGUGAUUCAACUGUAUUUUUUAUUUAAAAAUGCUCUCCAUGUGGCCAAAUUCUUUUAUAAAAUAUUGAACUGUAAACGUUUUAGUGUUAUUAUUUUCUAAUAACGUAGCUGGUACUACUUUGGUUUUCUAAAAAAGCUUUAGAAAAAAAAGUUUUGUUUGCUUAAGAGCAGGCAGACCAAGAAGGGGCUGGCCCUGUAUAUACUACUCCUCUUUGACAGAAUAACUGGAAUGCUGUGUUUGACACAAACGUGCCUUUCUAUGCUACUGUAAAACUUGUGUGACAGAAUGACAUGACCAAAAAAUGAAUCCUUUCUUUUUGACAGGGGUAAAAUACACAUAGUUACCCAACAUGUGCAGAGACAAUGUUUCUUUUGUUGUUUUUUUUUUAAGUCUUCAGUUUUUAAUUUUUCUGAGCUUUUUCAGUUUGCAACUGUUGUUCUUCUUUGGUGUGAAACUCUUGGAUCCAGCCCCUCUGUACACUAUCAGGGCUUGAUGUCCUGUGCAUUAUUUUUUACCUAAAUUUAUAUAAAUAAAUACAUGGAUUUUAUACUGUAAAAUAUGUAUUUAUUGUAAAUAUUAAAAAUAACGGAUUUGAAUGCUU